AUGAGUGUGUACCAUGGAUCUACCAUGACGAGCCUCCAACAGCCGAUCUACCCCGUAAAUCCACCUGAUCCGCCGCCGAAGUCGCCUUCCAAGGUGGUUGUGCCUAUCCUGGGCCAAAAGACUUCCUCGAAUGUGCGGAGAUUGCCUCCGAAAAGUACCAUCAAUGAGGUCAAUGGAUCCACUACCAAACCGGCUGCUAUUAUCAAGCCACGGCUCACGUAUGAGGAGUUUCUUCCGUUGGUGCGGAGCGAGUUCACGAAACUCCAUAGUAAAACGCUGCUAAACUCAGCAUUCGAAUGGAUCGAGUAUUCGUAUCAGCUAUUCGAACAACUGAAGAUUGCCACGGAUCCAGACAUAGCGCUUCGAUCCUACAUUCGGGGCUAUAUCGUAUUUCACUACUUCGUAAAUCAGUUUAUUAUGGACUAUUUCAACGGCUUCGGCCUGUUCAUGAAGACCUCUCGUAAGGAUUUCAUGGUCUACUUGAACCUCUACGAGUUUUAUCGCUCGGACGAAAUCUUGAGCGCAGAUGCGUUCAACGUAGACUUGGUGCUACUAAGAAAGUGGAUCAUCGACUUCUUGGUCGCUGAGAAGGGCGUUUCGCUCGAUCUAGAGUCUCUCUUCGAUUGGCUCGACAAGUAUGUGGACUAUUUCAAGACCAAUAAGAACCCUGAAGAUACUGAAUUCGAGGAUGACUUGAUCCAGGACGAAGAUUUCGACGAUGUGGAAUCUCUGGAAUUCCACACCGCUUAUCCUCCAUCUACAACUCGCACCAACACUGGUGGCCUGGACCAGACGAGCCUUUUGGCUGGAAAUGAAGAGGAGUUUAUUCAAGCCUUUCCUGAGAUGCCCGACCAUCUUUCUGGGCCAAAGUCGCUCAAGAGCAAGCAACAACCUGAGAAGGCUGCUCAAAGUAGUAAAACCGCAGGACCAAAAGACGUCAUCGAGACUCCUUACCCUGUCUCAUUCCAUGCCUUUGAUGAUGAACCCUCGUUCGAAAAAAGUAGCACCAAACGACCACCUUCUCGGCCUGCUGGUGCUUCGAACAAUAACAUGAGAGGUCCUCCAAGGGCUUCCACGCUGGGGUAUUUUCCGAGAGAAAGCCAAAUCCCCAACCAUCUUGGAAGCUUUACAGCUCUUACAGAUUCAGUAUUUUCAAGUCCAAAUGUUCAAACAGCUUAUUUGGUCAAUCAACCCAGUGCCCAAAACAACGAGUACAAACACAACAACAAUUUCAAUCAAAAUUACCCUCCAACGUCUAUUCAAUCAUAUGAGCGUUCACUUCCACCUUUGAGUGGAUUCAACAGCACUCUAUCUCCCGAAGUGGUCGUCUCUCCGCUAGGAAGAGGAAGACCGCCUCCACCUCAAAACUAUAAUAUGAAUCGGCCACACACAAUCAGCAACGGUCAAUUUCAUGGUGGAAAUCAAGUUCAAUACAAUGGCUGGCUGGACCAGCCUCAAAUCCACCCUCAAAGUAUGAUGAAUUCGAACUUUAUUCAACAAGCGCCGCAAAAUCCACAGUUCCAGUAUUCUGCGAAUCCCUUCAAUCAGCAACAGCAGGCUCAGCAGCACCACAUUCACCGAAGAAACCAACUUGCAAGAAACUUGGGUAUAAGCGGUUUAGUAAAUCAUGGCUCGACUUGUUACAUAAAUCUGAUAGUGCAGGUUCUCGGUGGAAUUUUCGAUUUCUACAGAGUUUUGUCACUUUGCACAAAACGUCUGCAAGUCGGACCCCUUACGCAUGCAUUGAUGACUUUGUUAUACAGCUUUCAGAAAAGUGGAGGCUCAAAUAUCAAUCCUUCUCUGUUUCUCAGAACUGUGUCUAAACUCAAACCCGAUUUCCACAUUCCAAGAGAACAGCAAGAUGCACAAGAAUUCUUAUUAUUUAUUUUACAAACUCUACAUGAAGAGAAUUCUUCGAAACCAGAACAUGAUGUGCAAGACUAUUUAAAAACCUGGCAGAUUGAUGUGAAUCCACAAGACAAAGAGGAGUAUCUUAAGUGGUACAAGACUCUUGUUGAGGCGGAAAAGAGGUCACCUAUCAAUGAUAUGUUUCAAGGGCAUGUGCAGAAUAAAUUGAAGUGUAACAAAUGUGGCUUUCUGUCCAUUAGCUAUAGCCCCUUUACCAUUUUAUCGCUCCCGAUCCCUCUGACAGGCUCAGGAAAUGUUGAUUUAAGCUAUUGCAUUCUGUGCUAUUCGCAAGAUGAAGUGCUAUGUGGAGAAAACGCCUGGCGUUGUCCUAAAUGCAACAAAACUGAAGGCGACGGGAAGGAAAACCCAAUGGAUGUUGUGUUCCAACCCAAACGAGGAUUGUUCCGACUCCCAAAGAGGGGUAAAUCUCCCCCUAAAAAGAUGGACUCAACCAAAUUAAAUGCGCCACCCGCCAUUUCUAUCAAGCUGCUUACUUUCAUCAAGUUGCCUCCAAUUUUGUUCAUUCAUCUCUCUCGAUUUUUCAUGGAUAGUCAAACUGAUAAGCUCAGUACUCAAAUAAAAUUCCCAGCCCGCUUGAGUUUCUCGAGAGAGGGUCAUGACAUAUGGUACGUCCUAGUCGGCUUGGUGAAUCACUAUGGAAGCCUUAAAAGUGGGCAUUACACGGCUGAGGUGAAUAGAGCAUUUAGUGACCCGCAAAAUUAUCCAGACCCUGUGGAUCAACUGUUUUGGUGUACUUUUGAUGACCAGAACAUUCGUAUGCGGGAGCAUAUUGGUGAAGGUCGAAACAAAAACCCAAAGCAGACGUCUGAGAGCGUGUAUGUCUUAUGUUACCAGAGAGUGAAGUAG